AGAUUAAAAGCGGCGCUCUCAUUUCAGACUCUCCCCUCUCGCUGCUAAGACGAGAGAGAGAGAGAGUCCCGUUCGCUCUGCAUCUGAAGGCUUAUAAGCCGAGCCAAAAGUGCUCUGUAAUCAGCUCAUCGGCUCAGCUCCAAAGAUGGCGUGGCUCACAACUCGGAGAUGCUGGUUGUAUUUCGCCUUCCUGCUCGUUCCUCUUUUGUCUGUAGUCGUUACCGAAGACGGUACGCUCUUCUUCCCUCAUCUUCGCUCUCUUUCGGUUUUCGAAAUGGCAAUCAAGUAAAUAUUCAGUUAUUUUGGUCGAAGAUGAGAGGUCGGAAUGUCUUUCAUGGACAAUUAUAUCAGCAACGCAGAUGAAAAUAGAACCAAAUGGGAAACAGGGAAAGUGAUUUUUGGGCAUCUUGCCGGAAGCAUAACCUUUUGACCAACGGACGUGUUUGUUGAAUAUGGGCCGCUGAAUAUUUCAUUUUCAACCGUCUAUUUGAUGUCCACGAAUCGACCAUUAGAAAAUCAGUCUAGCGCGGCCAUGAGGGUGUAUAACCCAUCUAAAGCGGGGCCCACGAUUUGGACGGUUUCAAUUGCAUGUUUUAACUCUGUACAUUUUGGAAUUUAGAGUGAAUGAGUAUGAUUCUUCAAGCAUAGUUUUCCCUUCCAACUCCAACUGUUAAAUAUUCAAAUAUCCGUUGCCUCCAAAAACUCCACACCUGUGAAAGAACUCCAACCUUUUCUAUGAUCUCAGUAAAUCAAUCUGCAAUUUCCUCAUUCCACAGAAAAAUCCUCUCUCUAAUACCCAAUUGCGGAAACCUUCUUAUCCAUUCCAAUAACUUCAUAUCCCAAUCUCCACAAAAAGCCCAUAUCACCACCAUCUCCAGGGAAAAUGGUGUUGACUUCCAUCUGCAACAUCGCGCCUUGCUUUUGCAGCAUUCUGGUGAUUUUAGAGACUUAGAUCGUGGAAAGUCGCUUCACUCAAUCUUUAUAAAAGAUGGGUAUGAUCGAGAUGUUUUUAUACAGAACAAUAUGCUCCGAAUGUAUGCGAAUUGUGGGGAUUUGGUUGGUGCUCGCCUUUUGUUUGACGAAAUGUCAGAACCUAAUUUGGUUUCCUGGACGAGUAUGUUAUCAUCAUAUGUACAACAUGGGUAUGCUGAUCUCGGUAUGCAGUUGUUUUCUCUCAUGUGUCGUACAGGGCUGCGGCCGAAUGAUUUUGGGUUGUCAUCAGCGCUCAAGGCAUGCAGAAUUAAGGGUGAAUUGGUGGCGGGUAAGCUCCUCCAUGGGCUUAUAAUCAAAUGCGGUUUCAAAUAUAAUGCAUUUUGUAGUAGUUCUGUUCUUGACUUGUAUGUUAAGUGCGGUGAUAUGAAUGAUGCCUGUAGAUUUUUUGAAGAAAUUCCAUCAAAGUGCGAAGCCUUGUGGAAUACAUUGAUUGACGGUUGUGUGCGGAACUUGGAUUCUGACGGGGCCAUCGAAUUGUUUCAUCAGAUGCUGCUCUCUGAAAUGUUUCCAAGCUGUUUCACAUAUUCAAUUCUUAUCAAAUUAUGUGCUGACAUCUUAAAUCUCGAGAUGGGUAGGUUCUUUCACUGUCGGGUCAUCAGGGCCGGUUUAGAAAAUGAUGGUUUUGUGGGGGCCGCUCUAGUUGAUAUCUACGCAAAAUGGGGAGCUAUGAAUGAUGCUUGCAGAGUGUUUUCAAGCCUAGAACUGAAAAAUGACGUGGUGUGGAGCAUAUUACUAGCUGGUUUUCAUCAGAGUGGCAAUGCAGAAAAGGGUUUGGAUUUUUUUAUGCAGUUCAUUUCGGAAGGUUAUAAACUCGACAUGUUUACACUUACGAGCGUGUUCAAUUUGUGUUCGGAUUUGGAGAUUCCAGCACUUGGUCUACAAGUACAUUGCUGUUUUGUGAAAUCUGGAUUUGUGCUGGAUUCAUUUGUGGGAAGUGCCAUCAUCGAAAUGUAUGUUAGUUUUGGAAUGACAACCGAUGCUUAUAAAGGAUUCCUCGAUGUUAGAGAUAAGAAUGAAAUAUGCUUCACUGCCAUGAUUUCUGGUUUUAUUUCAGAUUCCGAUGAUGUAAGUGCCGUAGAAUUGUUUUCGAAGAUGAGGAAACUAGGAUUGAUGCCAAAACAUUCCACCCUAAACUAUGUUCUUAGGGCUUAUGCAGAUCUUGAUAUGUUGGAAGAAGCCAAAGCCAUUCAUUCACACAUCAUGAAAGCCUUUGGGGAAUCCAAUCUAUGCCUAGGAAAUGCUCUCAUUGAGAUGUAUGCAAAAUGCAAAGGAGUUGAUGAAGCUGUUAUGGUGUUCAAAGAAAUGGAUAUGCAUAAUGAGUUUUCAUGGACAGCCAUGAUAUCUGGGUACAUCGAAGCAAAGAGGUACAUGGAAGGAUUGGAGUUGUUUCGUGAUAUGCACUCCUCCACGUUGACAAAACUGAGUCAGUUUACUGCUGUUGCCGUUCUUCAAGCCUGUUCAGGACUAGCGACACUUGAUCAAGGAAGACAGACCCAUGCCUACAUCAUAAAAUCAGGAUUUCAAUCUAACGCCUUCAUUGGAAGUGCGCUAAUAGACAUGUAUGCAAAGUGCGGUAGUGUAAAUGAUGCUUUCCGAGCAUUUUCUAACAUGGGCGAACAAGAUCUUGUCACAUGGAGCACCAUGAUGGCAUCGUAUGCACAACAUGGGCACGGUGAAGAAGCUCUGAAGCUUCUCUCAGAAUUUCAAGAUAGGUCAUCAGUUCCUGUUAAUGAUUCCAUCUUGUCUAGCUGCCUAUCAGCUUGCUCUAGCUUGGUAGCAUUGGACAUGGGCAAACAGAUUCAUGCCAGAACCAUCAAAACUGGAUUCGAAUCUCAUUUACAUGUCAGUUGCGGCAUCAUUGACAUGUAUUGUAAAUGUGGAAGCAUUGAAGAUGCACGCAAGUUUUUCGAUAAGAUGGGGGGACAUAAUGUGGUGUCCUGGACAGCAAUGGUGUCUGGAUACGCCCAUCACGGGUUCGGAAAGGACGCUCUUGAGCUGUUCGACAAGAUGAAAGAGGUUGGAGUGGAGCCUGAUAGCAUUACCUUUGUUGGGGUUUUGUCAGCAUGUAGCCAUGUUGGGUUUGUAAAGGAAGGCUGGCAUCACUUUGAGUCCAUGAAGAAUGACUAUGAUUUAGAUGCCACAUUAAACCACUAUGCAUGCAUGGUCGAUCUUCUCGGUCGAGCCGGACACAUGGAUGAAGCAGAGGCCUUUAUAAACAAGGCGCCAUUCCAAUCAAAAGCUUUCCUGUGGAGGACACUGCUGGGUGCCUGCGGCAAGCACAUGAAUGUCGAAGUAGGAAACCGGAUCGCUGAAAUACUAGUCAAGUUGGAACCAGAUCAACCUUCCACUUAUGUCCUGUUAUCAAACAUUUAUAGAUCAGCUUCAAUGUGGGAAGAUUCCACUGAAGUGAGAAGGAAAAUGAGAAAAGGGAAUAUGAACAAAGACCCUGGCCGUAGUUGGAUUCAAGUGGCAACCUAAGGGCAUGUUUGGUUGCCACUUAAAAAUGAGUUCAUCUCAUUUUAUUUAGCACCAAUUAACUGCCAGAGAUCAUAGUUUAAAUAGAUAAGCCUGUUUACAUAAUGCUGUUGCAGUUAAAACAACUUUCACACAUAAUGGAUGUUACACUUUUGUAGAGUGGCUGUUUCCUUUUUUAAACAGCAGCAAUCAAGGGGCCGAAUAAGGGCUGUUUUAUGCGACAACCCUUUUUCAACCA